CGUGUUUGGUAGCGUGCUUUGUAAUGGCGCACGCUUGAAGUCAAUUCUUUCAAAAAAACUCUCUAAAUUAUCACGAAAAUUGCAUUCCACAGUAACAUAACUCAACAGGGAGGACAGGCGAUCUUUACUUAAAGUCUACAUCAUGAUUAUUACGUUCAAAACGCUCCAGCAAAAGACAUUUAAACUCGAGUUUGACGAGAGUCAGUCGGUCUUAGAGCUCAAGAAACAGAUUGAAAGUGAAAAAGGCAGCGAUUAUCCUCAUCUUGGAAUUAAACUUAUAUAUGCAGGUAAAAUUUUAAAUGAUGAUUCUCCUGUCAGCGACUACAAGAUUGAUGAAAAGAGUUUUGUUGUGGUAAUGGUUUCUAAGCCUAAACCUGCAACAGCAUCAGCACCAGCUCCUGUGGCACAACCAGCAACAACAACACAGGCCUCAUCAACUCCAUCAACAUCAACAAGAAGUACAGAACAACAAGCAGAGACAAAACCUGAAGAAGCCAAGAAGGAAGAGUCCAAACCAGCCACUACUGAAGCAGCUCCUACAACACCAGCAGUGUCAACAACUGAAGCCAGUAGCACCUCGCAGUCUUCUGACCCAUUGGUAGCAGCUGAGGCUGUCUUAGCUACUGGAAGUGAAUAUGAACAUUUAGUCACAGAAAUAAUGUCAAUGGGCUUUGAAAGGGAUAAGGUUGUGAGGGCUCUACGAGCAAGCUUCAACAAUCCCGAUAGAGCAGUGGAGUAYCUUAUGUGUGGUAUACCUGACAUCCCAAUGGAUGAACCCUCAGGGGAAGGCCAAGAAACUGGAGGUACAAUGGAAACCAGUGGUGGUGGUGGUGGUGGUGUUGUUGCGGGUGGCGAUACUGAUGAAUCAGGUUCRCUGGACUUUUUAUGGAAUCUGCCCCAGUUUAUACAGAUGCGUUCAAUGAUCCAAAACAACCCAGCAGUUCUACCUCAGCUACUACAACAAAUGUCACARUCAAACCCAGAACUUCUACAGCUGAUAAGCCAAAGACAAGAAGAGUUCAUUCGAAUGUUAAAUGCACCCGCUCCCCCCGGAACUGCCUCUGGUACCCCUGCAACAGCACAGGGUCAAGACGUACCUGCUCCAGGGGAUCAGGGGGGACAACAGCCACCACCAGGUGUUAGCUAUAUACAGAUAACACCAACAGAGAAAGAAGCAAUUGAAAGACUAAAAGCACUUGGAUUCUCUGAAAACAUGGCCGUCCAGGCCUACUUUGCCUGCGAAAAGAACGAAAAUCUCGCUGCAAACUUUCUUCUAAGCCAGGGAUUCGAUGAUGACUAAGUUGUCAAGUCUGCAAUAAGAAAAUAACGCCACUUAUUCCACAAAAGAGAAAUGAAACGCUUGUUCUACAGUAUUAAUCCCUUUAAGGAUCUCCUAAUGAAAUAAUAAUGUCUAAUGAUGUAUAGACAUGGAUUAUUUUGAUUCAAGAGCUAUAAAUGCCAUUGGCUGCCAAGGCACUGCCAACGUGUUGAAGUAAUCRCGAAGAAAACUAUCAAUUCUUAAUGGUUUCUUUUGAUGACCACAAGUCUCUGGAUCCUAAACAAUGUAAUUGCCAAUACUUAUUGACAAUAUCUUUGUAGCUUUCGCUUUCUUUUAAACUUUGUUAAUGAGGUAUUUUCACUAAAAAAAAGAAGUUUCUUUGGGUAUACCGCUGACAGCCAUUGCAAAAACGAGUGGGGGACUGGGAACGAGUAGAGAAUUGUAGAGAAUUUUAUUCCCAGUCCUCCUCGGUUUCGCACUGGCAAAUGCAAUGUCAUUAGGURAUGUUCUUUUAACCUCCGAUCAACUAACCAUAAGUGAAAUUGUCAAGACAGGCUAAACUGUCAAUGCUAAAUGUAUGUGCUUUGUACUUCGAGGGAUAUUUCACUAAAUGAUUAGACGUUCCAGUUUUAUGUUAUUACACCUAGACAAGGGUGUUUUUUUAACAGUACAAUUAGCAAUUCGGAUUAUUAUUAUUAUAUAAUGCUUAUAAUACUAUAGAUGAUUAUCUUACUGACGUUUCAUGCUGGUUAUGUAGCUGAUUAGAGCUAAAUUCGUUUAUUUUCAAACCUUAUUAAAUACUAAAUAUCAACACAUAUACAGUA